UACAGCGCCUCUAGCGUAAUAAAGUCAAACUAAGGUGCUUGUAUUUAUUCUAAUUUUUCUACACAUUUUAACCAAUUUCCACGUGAAAAAUAAAAGAAAAUCUUCCGUAAUGAGUUUCUAGUAUUUCUGGGAAAUAAGAAAAGUGUGAAAAACGUCAAUUUAGCCUUUGAAUUAAAAGAAAAAAGAUCAAAGAGUAAAAAAAAGUGAGGAGUUUUCUCGAGGUUGUGCAGUGCUGAUAAGGAAUUAAGAAGAUUGUGUAAAUAAUGUCAGAUCUCAAUACAUCCGCAUCUGACCGGAGUGACGACACGCUGUACCGCAGUGCUCUGGAUAACAGUGGAUUCGAGUCCGAGAGUGAUGCUACCUUGUCAGCAAGUGAACUGAGUAGCAGUACUGUGGGGAAUACCAUGGAGAGUAGUGUGGACACGUCAGUACGUGAGGCAGAUGAUGAGAGAACAUUCCUGACACCAGAAGCAAGGGCACGCCGGAAACGUAGCCACGAUGAAUUGAUUACAAUCAGCAGUGAAGAUGAAUCAGACACAGGAGGAGCUGUGUCAUCAUCCACAACGGCCACAGUGACGGAGAAGCUCACUGAUACGCCAAAUCCCACGGCAAAGUCUCCAAAAUCCAGCUCAGAGAUUCAAAUCUACGAAAGUCUCGAGGAAUUCGACAGGAAUCUUCCGCCGACAGUGAGACUCCUGACCACACCACAUGGCAACCGGGUGUACCUCGUGGGGACGGCGCACUACAGCGAGGAGUCUCAGAAUGACGUCUCUCUCGUGAUCCGGAAUGUUCGCCCAAGGGUGGUAGUGCUGGAACUCUGCAGCUCCCGGAUUCACAUUCUCAAGUACGAUGAGAAGACCCUGCUGGAGGAGGCGAAGGACAUCAAUAUGGCCAAGCUGCGGAAUGCCGUGCAAUCCAAUGGGAUGGUCAUUGGGCUUCUUUUCAUCCUCCUACUCAAUAUAAGCGCCAAGCUGACAGAGCAGCUGGGCAUGGCACCUGGUGGGGAAUUCCGUCGUGCCCUCGAGGAAUGCCAGAAGAUCCCUCACUGUGUCCUACAUCUCGGUGAUCGCCCCAUCAACAUCACCCUCCAACGCAGCCUGUACGGAUUAACCUUCUGGCAGACACUGAAGCUCGUGUGGCGCCUCGUGACGUCGGAUCUGAAGAUCAGCAAGGAGGAAGUGGAAGAGUGCAAGCAGAGUGACCUCCUGGAGAAGCUGAUGCAGGAGAUGGGUGGGGAAUUUCCCGCCUUCCAGACUGUCUUUGUCCAGGAGCGUGACAUCUACCUCUGCCACUCCCUCCAGAUGGCCGCUGCCCCCCAUCCCGAUGGCCAGCCACGCAAUAUUGUCGGCGUCGUGGGUAUUGGACAUGCAGCGGGAAUUGUGGCCAAUUGGGGCAAAGUUGACCCGAAGCGUAUUCCGGAAAUUCUCGUCAUUCCACCCCCAACGCUCCGUGGAAAGAUUAUCCGGGGAACUAUCAAGUACGGCUUCCUCGGGCUCGUGGGUUAUGGCAUUUUCCGCGUUGUUCGUCCCAUCCUGCCACGAAUUUUAUGAUGUAUCCUCUUCAUUCUCCUGUAAGCGCCCUCCUCACCCCCCAACAAUGCAACAGUACCGACUUCCUGGCCAAAUGUGUGCCAAGAUUUUCAAUUAAUUUUGCCUCAUCUCGCGUGUAUUUGUAAAUAAUCUCUAUGGUCCAAUAAAGAAUCUAUAUAUCGAGGAAGAA